UCAGCUAACCAAGUACACUUACAGCCCCUUUCUUACCCCUAGGUCAAAGGGGCUAUUUUUCCUCAAGACAAAAAACAAACCUUGUGGAAAUUUAACAAGCAGAAUCUUAAAAGCGUUAAAAUGGAUCGGCAUCCUGAAAACAGGGCUUGAGAUUCUGGAUGUAUCCGUCGGUCAUGCAGAUUCCAUGUGAAUCAACAAGUAAAUGAGUGGAGCACAGCAACACUGAAACUUUCUGGACAGGAACGCCAAGACUUGCGGCAGCACACCAGACGAGCAGAAAACUUUUCGGAGGAGAUAUCUGCUUUUGCAGAGGUGCCCGAUCGAGACGCUCGUAUGGAUUUCGAAGGAUGACUUUUUACUUGCUCGGUCUUUCAAAGCGCGUAGAUUCCAAACUACCUCCUAAAGAAGAACACCGAGGCACAACUCCGUAUGUUGUCUAAACUAGUAAAUACAAGAUUAAGGUGUUAGAAAGUCAUAGCUAGGCCUUCAUUGGUAUUCAUUUUGUGGUUUAAAAUGAUCGUGUGUGGAAUUUUGAAUCUGUAGGUUUGGGAUACCGAUUUUUGGAGCUUUUCAAUACGGAUCAUAACAUUUCGAGAACUCCAUAUAAAAGUUCGGAUUGCCUCAUUUCAAAAUGCCACAGCUUAAUGGUGGUGGAGGAGAUGAUCUCGGGGCAAAUGACGAACUUAUAUCAUUUAAAGACGAGGGCGAACAGGAGGAGAAAAUAUCUGAAAAUGUAUCGUCGGAGAGGGACUUGGACGACGUGAAGUCCUCUCUUGUGAAUGAGUCAGAAAACACCAGCAGCUCAUCUGAUUCCGAGCAAACGGACAGGCGCCCACUGCCCAGACCGGAGCUAGAAAGUUACGAGAAGCACAGAGAGUACUUGGCAGAAGCUUUGAGAAGACAGCAAGAUGGAGGCUUUUUUAAGGGCCACCCUUACCAUGGCUAUCCGUUUUUAAUGAUCCCAGACCUCACCAACCCAUACAUUUCCAACGGAUCCCUGUCACCAAGUGCAAGGACGUACCUGCAAAUGAAAUGGCCUCUCCUCGAUGUCCCCGGAGCAGCUGCCCUCAAAGACGCCAGGUCUCCAACCCCAGGGCACUUAUCCAACAAAGUCCCAGUGGUCCAACAUCCCCACCAUGUGCACCCCCUCACUCCCCUCAUCACGUACAGCAACGAACACUUCUCUCCCGGCACCCCUCCCUCACACCUCUCCCCUGAGAUCCUAGACCCUAAAACAGGUAUUCCACGGACGCCCCAUCCGUCUGAACUCUCCCCAUAUUACCCCCUCUCCCCGGGGGCAGUGGGGCAGAUUCCUCACCCCUUGGGCUGGCUGGUUCCUCAACAAGGCCAACAUAUGUACUCCAUCCCCCCAGGAGGCUUCAGACACCCGUACCCAGCUCUGGCCAUGAAUGCCUCCAUGUCUAGCCUGGUGUCCAGCCGCUUCUCUCCCCACAUGGUGCCCCACCCGUCCCACGGCCUGCACCAGACGGGCAUCCCGCACCCAGCCAUAGUCUCGCCCGCUAUCAAACAAGAGCACCACGGCGAGGGCGGCAGCAGUUCCAUGCACGGGAAAUCUUCUGUACCCGUCAAGAAGGAAGAAGAUAAGAGGCCACAUAUCAAAAAGCCCUUAAAUGCCUUCAUGCUCUACAUGAAAGAGAUGAGGGCCAAAGUGGUGGCGGAGUGUACACUUAAGGAGAGUGCGGCCAUCAAUCAGAUACUGGGCAGAAGGUGGCACUCCCUGUCUCGUGAGGAGCAGGCCAAGUAUUACGAGCUGGCGAGGAAAGAGAGGCAACUGCACCAGCAGCUCUACCCCGGCUGGUCGGCUCGGGACAACUACGGCAAGCGGAAGAAGAGGAAGAGAGAAAAUAAGCCUGACGGCUCACCACAGGAGAGCUUCUCGCCGCCGCAGAGCAAGAAGCCCUGCAUGCCGUACCUGUCCUCAGAGAAGAUGUGCGACAGCCCUACCUCCUCCCACGGCAGCAUGCUGGACUCCCCGGCCACGCCGUCGGCCGCGCUGGCCUCCCCGGCCGCCCCCGCUGCCACCCACUCCGAGCAGGCCCAGCCCCUGUCCCUCACCACCAAGCCCGAGGGACGCUCCCACCACCACCCCCACCACUUCCCCCUGCCGGGCAAAGCCUCCACCAGCAGCUCCUCCUCCUCUUCCUCCUCCUCCACCUCAUCUUCCUCCUCCUUGUCCUCCAUCUCCUCUGCCUCCUCCGGUCACCCCAGCCUCUCGCUCCACCUGGGCUCUGCUGGGGGCCAGCACGCCUCCCUGCUGUCCCGGCCCAUCCCCUUCACCUCCCUGCACCCCUCCAUGCUCUCUCCAGGCUCUCCCUACCACCAGGCAGCUCUGCACUCCCACCAUGCCCUGCUACAGACACAACCCCUCUCCCUGGUUACCAAAUCGUCAGAUUGAAUCAAAAUGUUUUUUGUUUUUGUGUUGUUUUUUCGUUAUUUUCGACAAAAAAACUUUUUACAGCUGUAUAUUGCUUUUUACCUUUUUAUAGAUAUUAGACCAUUUUUAAAAAUAGUAUGAAAAGGAAUAAUUAUUGGUCAAUAUUUGACCACCCCUCUGUUUUGCUUCUCUCUAUGAAACAAAGUGUAUUUUUUUGUAAAUUGCCAUACGGUUACCUUUUACAAUUGCAUUUCUCCAAUGUUCUCUUUGUAAAAAAGACAAAUGUAUAAAGUUUUCCCCUCCAUCAUUUUUUUUUAAAAUGAAAACAAAAUACCAUUUGUAGUUUUUAGUUCAAUCUAAUGGUAGUUAUCAGUUUAGGAGUUAGGAGUGUUCAGUACUGGCUUCCUGUUAUACUUUUGUGAACCACCUCACCCUUUCCCUAACCCUGUGUGUGUGACUCUCCUAAGACUCCAUAGAUAAUAAACCUCAAGUUAUUUCUAAAGA